AUGGCUUCUAAUACUGGUGGUGAGGAAGUGGUCAGCAACAAGCAGGUGCUGCUCAGGAACUAUGUGAGUGGUUUUCCAAAAGAAUCAGACCUGUACGUGACAACAAGUAGCAUAAAACUCAAAGUAGAAGAAAGUGAUAAGAAUGCUGUGUUGGUUAAGAAUCUCUACUUGUCUUGUGAUCCUUAUAUGCGUAGUCGGAUGAUGAAAGAUCUACCUUCUGGUGAUCAACCCGAAUCCUCUUCCUUCUCCCUUACCUCUCCAAUUGUUGGAUAUGGGGUGGCUAGAGUUGUUGAUUCGAAGCACUCUGAGUUCAAGAAAGGUGAUUUUGUCUGGGGAAGGACAAUUGGCUGGGAAGAAUACAGUCUCAUAACAACACCCCAACACCUCUUUAAAAUCAACCAUACAGAUGAUAUACCACUUUCCUACUACACUGGGAUUCUUGGAAUGCCUGGUAUGACAGCUUAUUUUGGUUUCUUUAGCAUUGGCUCUCCCAAGAAAGGAGAACGUGUCUACAUUUCAGCAGCUUCUGGUGCAGUUGGUCAGCUUGUUGGGCAGUUUGCAAAGUUGAUAGGUUGUUAUGUUGUUGGAAGUGCUGGAAGCAAAGAAAAGGUUGAACUCUUGAAGACCAAGUUGGGAUUUGAUGAUGCUUUCAAUUAUAAAGAGGAACCUGACUUGGAUGCAGCCUUGAAGAGGUAA